CGUUAAUGCAUCACAGACAAGGGUAGCGUUCAUACUGUCUAUGGUAGUGUUUCGCGACUUGAUCCCAGGUGAAAGAGAAAGUACAACAGAUGAGAGAUUCACGGAUUUGGAAAUAAGUCUGUCAACUAGACCGUUUUUGUAUUUCAUUUAGUGUUUCUGGUUAGCACACCGGCGAAACCAUGAAGUGGUUCUUCAUAUUAAGCGGCUUAAUAGCGUGUACAGGAAAGCCUGUGAGGUCCUCCUGUCCAGUUAAGAUGAGCCCUUCUAGAGUGGUGGUGAGAUUUGGAGAUCCCUUCUCGGUCAACUGCAGCUCACCAUCCAACCAGAUACAGUCAAUGGGCUGGGAGUCUCCAUAUGGCACAGGCAUAGGACGUCAAGAUGGGGUCUCCUCUGUUUCCUUAAAAAUAGACUCUGUGACAGACUGGGACCUUCAACCACUUUGUUUCAUCAAUCUCCUUGACAACAACCAGUGUGCAGAAACCCUAUCAGUCACUGUUUACAAAAUGCCGGACAGUGUGUCCAUGUCUCAGCCAAGUCAAAUGGGCCCCAUGGUAGAGGGCGAAAAGUAUCACAUGCAGUGUGACAUUGUUAAUGUUGCACCUGUAAGAAACCUCUCUGUGUCCUGGCACAAAGGAAAUAAGAUAAUCUAUACUGAGGCAUUUGACAAGACCAGUCCAUCUCCAGUCAAUACGUCAUCCGUCUUCACUCUGACUGCCCAAAGAAGUGAUAAUGGCACUCAGAUCUGGUGUGAAGCACAGCUGGAGUUUUCGCCUCUAGUGCCAAAUCUACACACAAUCCUAUCAAAGUCCCAUGAAGUGGUUGUACUGUACUCACCAACCUUCACCAAGCCCGAAAAUGAGACACUGGAACUCAGAGCUGGUAGUAAAAUCAUUUUAGAUUGCACUGCUAGAGGAAACCCAAUGCCGGUAUACAGCUGGCAUUUUCCAAACCCAAUACAACAGACGAAGAAGAAUGAAAAAGAGAAUCAGCACAUUUUGGCCUCGUCCAUUCAGUUUCCAGGGACCUAUACCUGCACAGCGUCUAAUACCCAGGGCACCAAGACCAAAACUUUUACUGUCGUCGAAGUUACAAGAAAUCGCACAACCCUUGCAGCCUUGGUUGGAGUAUUUCUGUGUGUGGCAGCCCUGCUCUUCAUCGGCGGCUUUUUUUUUGUGACACCUGAAGGCACAUUUUCUUUCAGCAAAGGCAGCUAUCUCAGAGGACAGCCCACCUCAUCAGGACCCGUAUGAGACACACUUUUUUUUUUUUAUUUAAUUUUGCAUGGCUUUACAAUGAAAAUGGUACAUUUUAAAUGUUUUUGUUUCUGCGCUUGGAUAAACAUAUCAGUAGCAUGUCUCUUAAAGGGCCUAGGUCUGUUCUGCAUGGUUAGUUGAUGCACUUUUGCUCUUGCUUGGACGUUGUACACUCAAGAAAUCAGGUGACUACUUAGAGAAUCAAAGGUACGCAGGUAAUCGGAGAACACGUUUACAUGCACUGUGGUGGCCUGGUUACUGUAAAUCUGUGUAUACAUGCAGCAGCUCUCUCCUUUCAUCCUUCUGCUCUGCUGUCACAGCAACACCUUCCCUGUCUGAAGUCUGUGUCCUGCACAUGUGCACAUGUAAAAAGCUGAUUGUAACCCGGUACUUAGGUAAAUGCAAACACACCAAUUAAAUCAAAUUACUGUUGAACCCAGGCGCAUUAACACCAACUGGGCUGCACAUUUGCUGUAUGGUUCAGUCUGAGCCGCUCUCAUCAACCUUGUAUCAGCAGGAAGUUGUUUGCAGCAACAGUUCUGAUGAACCUACAUACUCCAUUUAUAAGGUCAUAGUAAGUCAGGGCCGGGGGUUUGUUGUAGAGUUCUUCUGCUUCCAAGUGGCCAAAAAGUUUAUCCUUUCAGUGUGCCUUUGGUCACUCAGUAGCUGCACUCCUCUGGAAAAGGUCUUUUUUUUUAAAUAACAAACAUUCUCAUAAUAAGUCAUAGGAGAUGUAUGAAUGUGUAAUACUUAACUGUACUGAUUCAACAGCAAAUGUUGCCUUAUUGAUUGUACUAUAUUGCCUUGCUACUUAUCCCUAUUUCAUUGUACAAGCCACACAAGACCACAUUUUAAGGCAAAACUUGAGUUGCUCCACAUAUAUUUUAUACACUUAGAGUUACAGUAAUUACUUGAGAGUGCUUUAAACACUACAAUGGUGCACCAUGUUGAAAGGGAUAGUUUUUUUUAAUUAUUAUUUUAUAAAUAAAUUGUACUGUUGUAAUUGUACUUUUUUUUUUUACAUAUGCACUGGUACAGCUCUGGAAUGUUUAAUUAUUUUUGUACUGAAAAAUCUGACCAUGCCAUUUCUAUGAUGUUCUCUCUCUCUCUCUCUCUCUCUCUCUCUCUCUCUCUCUCUCUCUCUCUCUCUCUCUUCAAUCUCUCUCAUGCCCAUACUAAUUUGUCCUGCACAAAGUGAAUGUAAAGGAAAGCAUUUGUUAUUCUGCCUACUGUUGCCAAUAUAAACCUCUUUUUUUCUGAAACCAUG